CACUGCUGUUGAAAGUAUAAACUCUUGUUGCUGACGAGACGCCCAGUUCCAGUGAAAAGCACCCGCUCGUUCCCCCCCUUGGGUAAGCCUCUUUUUCUCGAACCCGGCACAGUAGAUUGAUAUUCUUGACAGUUCAUUUGGAAAGAAGAAGAUUGAUAUUCUUUGCACCACAGGUGUAAUCAGUAUCAUGAUCAAGUCCGAAAUGAAAAUGUAGAUUGAUGAAUCCUCCUUGUUCGUUGCCGCCAACUAUGUUCAAUUGUUAGACGUCGAGGCGUGCAGCAGAAGGUGAACCCAACCCGUCGGUAGGAACCCAGGUUCCGCGCCGACGGAAAUAAGACACUCUCUUGUUAUAGUUUUGCUCUCGACGUACGACCGCUAGCCUACUUGGUUUGCGGCUGCUAAGGUCAUCGGUUUCGGGACGUCCACAUUCCUCUAUCAUCUGGGCGGAACAGGACUAUGACCCGCAUGUAUUCUCCGGCACGUAGCUUCUCGAGUUUGCAACACCAGAACAAGUAUCAGCAGCAAUGGGCUGCGGGCCCCGGUGUCGAUCCAAGCAAUGGCGCCGCUGCAGCGGCGGCGCUGCAGACUUCAAAGUCUGCUGCGCGACAGCAGCGAGACUUCACGAACGCGCUGAUCUGCCUGUCAUUCCUGAUUCUUGUCAACCUCGGCUUGUCCUUGGCCUCGUUGGUUGUAUCUCUGUAUGCGGUAAGUGUAGGGGGUGCAGCUUGCCCCCAGCCCGUGGUUGCAGCGACCGGUUUGGGCAGUAGCUUUUCAGCGGACGCCUACACGGACCAGCACACUGGUGGCUCCUUCUACAGUGGAACUUCUUCUACUGCUGGUUUGAAAAGCAGCAACCUAGGUGGCGGCGGGAGCACAGGGAGCACGGGGGGAAACGGCAACGGUGGGACUGCUUCGCACACUGCUAGUACGAGCUACCGUUCGGUCAGUACGACGAGGGGAGGCACGUCCUCGCGGAGCGGCGGCACGUCGUGGGAACAAGAGGAGUUCUACUACGAUUUACACCGCGAACGUGAGCGUUCGUACCACUCCAACGGAAUUCAUGUUGAUAGCCGAGGCGGUAUCUACAUCACUCCGAAGAACCUCUCCCCAGGGACCACAUUGUACAGCCAUAAUGUAAACCCAGCACAGCAUCAGGCCGCUGGCAGUGCCGGCGCAGUUGUUGGAGCAGGCACGACCAUCAGUUUUAAUGGAGGUUUGGAACAACACGGUCAACAGCAACCUCAAGGCGGCCCCACGGCACCAGGGUCUACAACCGUCGGAGGCGUAGUUGCACCCUCUUCCAACCCAACAGGGGCAGGUACAUCAACAAACAAUGUGCACAAUGGGGAUCUCUUCGUGCAGCAAAAGUCUACGCUGAUUGUGGAGCCUCCACCUACGGGUCGGGCACCGGCUGCUAGCCCUCUCGGGAGCAGCUCUGUCACAGCUGGUGGCUCGUCUUCUGGCGGUAGUGGCGCAGCUGGUGCAUCCGCGUCCUCAAAUCAGCCGCCUAUUGACCCUGCUAGCAUAAAUCCCAUCCUGGGCAGUCCCCGCAUUAUGGCUGCGCUGCAGCAAAACACCGUUGUUGGAGGGAGUGUCCCCGUAUCCUCUUCGGCGAAUCCGAAUGGCCAGCAUGCUAGUGCUGGGGCCGGCGGCGGGCCGAAAACGAUGCAAAGUUUUGCAACCUCCGCUUCGUCCCCCGUCCCGGUCCCGUCUGCUCCAGCUUCAGCGCUUGGCAGAGGAGCAGCACAGUCUCCAGAUGAGGAUGCAGCGUCGCGGCGCGACGAAGAAGCUCCGACUAGCACUGGUGGCGGUAAAAACUUGGGAGAAGCUGCAAAUGGAGAAGACGAAACCAAUUCAGGUUCUUUCAGACCAUCGCUGCGAAGCGCCACAGAGGCGUCACUGGCACUUCGCUCAACAAGCCACAUAGUCGCUACUGCCGCUACAGCUAGUAGAAGCGCUUCUUUUGCUCUAUCGAAGAACUACGAGGCCGUUCUGGGGCAAGGGUUCGACCGCGAAGCCAUGUGCUUGCGGGAUACGGUGCUGACCCAGACGAGCUCCAUGCCACAGCUAGCACUAAUACAAGGCCGUGUUCUAGUACCGUUCAGCCCGUUUUCUACCGCCACUGGUACUCUUUAUAUGUCUUUGCAAGCAGGAGCAUGACAAGCAUUUGAUAUAUUCAUCUUUUUCAUUGCUUUCACAGGAACUCGAAAUUGUAAUUCUCUAGGAAAAUAAGCGACAGCGAGGCAAUGCAAGCUACGAUUGAUAUCAAUACUAUAAAUAUCAAUUGAAUUAGAAGUGUCUCUGAUUAUUAUACUGCACCUGGUGAUCAUACACAUCAACUUUUUUUUUUCAUCUGAGCCUUCGCAAUGAGAAAUAUGUGUCUGGUCGAAGCUUCCUUCACCACAGGUUUGUAAAUCAAUGUCAUACAGGUGAAGAUGUUCUUUCCUCGCCACCCACAAGCUUCGACCUGAAGCUGACUGCACAAAAUUGGACCAGUCUGGCGCCUGGCGUUCGACUAUACUCCGGUAGUACAUCAAGCGUCCAAAGAGGGGACCACGGCGGCCGCACAGACAUAGAAGAUUCAGAUCUGUUGCCGCACCAUGAACGGGAAAAAUUGCUGUGGCUGCUACCCUUUGAGAGAACACGAACAAGCGAUGGAAGACCUUCGCCUUCGGGCCAGCGCGCGGCAAGGAAUCCUCUGGAGUCGAGAGAGGACAGCGACACUGUAGUUGCAACAUAUGGUCUGCAUCGAGCACCUGCGAGCUUCACCGCCGACGUCUUGCUAUUCGGCUCUGUCAAAGCAGGGGAGGCUUGGUUCCACGAACCGGUCCAAUCAGGCGAUCCCCUUAGUCAACCAGCUUCUGGUGCCGCGCCCGCAGGAGCUGCGGGUCGAACACCUACUGGCACGGUCUCGCGUGCUCGCGGCUCUACUAAGCGCGGAACCUUGCUAGAGAUAUUCUCUGCCCAGUUUUGGCCGGGAGUAGACCCUGCGGUGCAUGACUUUCUGCUCCACGACAGCGACGAACGUGCUACAACCGCGGUCAGUUCAGAAGAAGGGCAAAGCCGUCGGUUUCAGGAACAGUUUGGCAUGGAAGUGGUCACGCGCGCAGACGCAGGCGGCUGGCUGGCGCUUCGGAUCCGCACCAGCACAACGGAUCAGGAGAGCGAUGCCCAUGGGGAUACUUCGAUGACCUCAUCUGUGACGACAGCGGACGAAGAUCGCGACGCCUGGAAAGCGGUCAUGACCGCGCUGACACAAGGGGACGAGGCUGGUCAACAAGCAACGCUUCUGGCACAUAUGCCGGCGAAGGUCCUCGAGAUCGAACUCCAGUUUAUCGGCGGCGAAACCUCUCCUGCUUCCCGACAGUACCUACUUUGGAGCAGAGACAGAAGAAAGGUCCAGGUACCAGAAUCGGCCACUGACUUUUUUUUGCGUGUAGCAGCUGCGAGUUCCCCCGUUAUAUGUAGUGAGGCUGAGGUCACCGAAGCCGAACGUAGUAGUGUUCUUCUUCUCUACGUUGUUCGUGUUUGUGAUUUUGUAUGAGAGGAUACCACGUUUAGAUUUUCAUGAUCUCUCGCAAAAUUAUCGCAAUAUAAAAAAUUGUUGAGACAUCUUCAUCAUCUUCAUCAACUAACUUCAACAUAGGUGUCUGAGCGGGAUCUGUGGCGGUCGUGGGUGCGCAGAAUUCUCGACGUUAGCAGGGAGCUUUUGCUCACAAGAGUAUACGUUGAGCCGAUCACGGACUUGUUGCGGCAUUGCAAGAGCAAAACUUGCCUGGACCUGAGCCUAGGGCUGCGAAGUAAGCUCACCACUUUGCUGCCACCAGGAGUAGGUGACGACCCCGUUAGCCGUGCGCUUUCUUCAUCGGAUGACGAGCUGUAAUUGCGGAGACAUUCUGUCUCGAAGAGAGGAAAGGCAAGGAAAGGGCGAGCACCGGCAACGCAGAAAGGAUCCUGCCCGUCGUACCUACAGGUGCCUGCGUGGCGUGGUCUCGCGUAUCCUUUCGAAUCUCGCUAGUUUCAUCAGGCCGGCGGGCUCCGUUCGUUGUGGUCACCUCGUUGGGUGAACCUGCGCGCGCCUGUGAAUGCGAUACUCAGUAGAUGAAUCGAAGGGAGGGUCUCCACAUCUACUCCCAUCCAGCGUAUAAAUAUCGAGUUUUUGGUAGGCGUAGAUGGUGCAUGCUGCCUCUGCUUGUAGUGAAUCUCCUUCAGCAUCAUCGGCAUCUGGUGCCCUUUGCAGCAACUACACUGAUCUCUUUUGUUCUACACCAAGCCUGUUGCUUUUUUUCUUCAUUCAUAUGUGUUACACCGCAAUUUUUCUAUAAAUCGCCAAGCUGCUUUAUUUGCCUUCACAAAUUAAUAUGAAUAUCACAGACAGAGAACACAUGUUGGCCAGCAAGAGGCGCCGCGCUCUUUUCUAUGGAUAAGUACCUUUGCAACAUCGAAAGUGCCGCUUGAGGAAGCUAUGAAAAAGUGCCAGAGGACCUUGAGGUGGACUAAGCGCAUCAAUCGCUUUUAAGGGUUGAUGGGGGUCGAAAGGAGUUGAUUUUGUUCGUGCUUUGCUGCAGUGUUCUGAAUCAAAGCCACGGUAGACCUGGCUGCUGCAGUUGGGUGCAAAAAGCAGUGAAAGUUGGCAUGUUCAAGAAUGCAAUGCUUUCACAUUCACAUUUACG